AUGGAACUUCCAGUGAAGGCACCGGAUUCCGGAGGUCAGAAAUCCAUAUCAUACAAAAUUGAGACCCAAAAUCUGUCAUACAAACUCCAUAGCUCCUCAGGUUACAACUUCAGCUGGUUUUCUUCUGACAAAAAUAAGGAAACAUCGUCAAAGCUCAUAUUGCAGGAUGUGAACUUCGAAGCCAGACCAGGGGAGAUCACGGCAAUAGCAGGGCCAAGUGGGGCUGGGAAAACAACACUGCUAGAAAUCCUUGCCGCAAAAAUUCCACCAAGCAAGAUAUCUUCAGGAAAAGUAUUGAUUAACAGUUUCCCUAUUGACCCUAAAUCAUUUCGGAGGGUAUCAGGGCAUGUUACGCAAGAAGAUGCAUUAUUUCCACUGCUUACAGUUGAAGAAACACUCAUCUAUAGUGCCCUUCUAAGGUUACCAGGAGAAAGAAGCGGAGCUGCUCAGAGGGCAAGACAGUUGAUGACAGAGCUAGGGCUGGAUCAGGUGGCGAGAUCAAGGGUUGGUGGAGGUCCAAAUCAUGGGAUUUCUGGUGGGGAGAAGCGUAGGGUAUCUAUUGGGGUCGAGCUGGUACAUAACCCUUCUGUUAUGCUCAUAGAUGAGCCAACUUCAGGGUUGGAUUCAGUUUCAGCCCUUCAUAUCAUGUCAAUGCUUAAAACUAUGGCAAUCACACAAGGCAAGACAAUAGCUAUAACCAUCCACCAGCCUGGUUCCCGAAUCUUAGAGUUGAUUGAUCGACUUGUUUUACUCUCAGAUGGCCUCGUCCUCCAUAAUGGUGCUCUAAGCCUUCUAGAAAGGAAGCUUCGAGUCGUGGGCCAUCAGAUCCCUCCACAUGUCAAUGUGCUCGAGUUUUCUAUCGAUGUUGUGAGCACUUUGGCAUUGGGGAUACAAUCCUCAAUUGACAAGAGAAGACCUGGAGAAAUUGAACAAAAGCCAAAGGCAAAAACUCUGAAGCCUAUAUUUUGCUCAGGGAAGAGUGUGGCUUACCCACAUUCUCGAUAUCGAGAAGUUCAAAUCCUUGGGGAAAGAUUUGGCAAGAACAUAUUCAGAACAAAGCAACUUUUCGCAGGAAGAAUAAUACAAGCCAUUAUAACUGGUUUUGUACUAGGAACAAUUUACUUGAAAAAGGAAGAUAUUGGAGGGAAACUUGAGUUGCAAACCCGAUUAGGGCUCUUUGCGUUUACACUCACUUUCUUGCUUUCUUCUACAACUGAAGGCUUGCCAGUUUUCUUGCAAGAGAGACGAAUACUAAUGAGAGAAACAUCCAGAGGGGCUUACAGAGUUUGUUCCUAUGUUGUAGCUAAUACCCUUGUAUUUCUUCCCUUUCUUCUCAUAGUUAGUCUACUCUAUGCUACACCAGUGUAUUGGCUAGUUGGUCUACGAGGAGAUGUCAGUGCUUUUUUGUACUUCUCCCUUGUGGUGUGGAUGGUGAUGCUGAUGGCAAACUCAUUUGUGGCUUGUUUCAGUUCCCUGGUGCCAAAUUUCAUCAUGGGAACAUCAGUAAUAGCAGGGCUAAUGGGGUCAUUCUUUCUCUUCUCCGGAUACUUCAUCGAAGAAGACAGGAUACCCAAGUAUUGGAAAUUUAUGCACUAUUUGAGCCUGUUCAAAUAUCCAUUUGAGUGCUUCAUGAUGAACGAAUAUGGAGGCAAGCAAGGAAAGACAAGAUGCCUAACAAAAGAUGUAAGUGGAUGUAUAUUGUAUGGAGAUGAGUUCUUAAGGCAGCAAGGUCUGCAAGAAUCACAGAAGUGGACAUAUCUGGCUGUUAUGUUGGGGUACAUAUUUGGCUACAGAGUACUAUCUUAUCUGAUUCUACGGUACAGAUGCUACAGGAGUAGAGAUUAGAAAUUGACACAGGAAUAGGAAAUUAAGCAAAGGUUUCUUUCAUUGAUUUUUUUUUUGCUGUUUUUUCUUACUAUAGUUUCUUUUUCAAGCUUUCCUUACUUUUUCAAGGCUAUGCAACUCUUUUCUCACAUUACUUGCUAGAACAAGUUCUUUUUUUAAGGAUAAGCAAUAAAAUACCCAAAUUAUCUUUUUA